UCCUCCUCCCUCUCCGGCAGUAGCCUUCUUAAUGUAGUUUAAUGGCUUUACAAAGAAAGCCAGUCAGAGGAGCACUUCUCAGUGGCUUUGGUCGGACCAUGACCUAGCUGACCAUGAACUUGGAAGGGCUUGAAAUGAUAGCAGUUCUGAUCGUCAUUGUGCUUUUUGUUAAAUUAUUGGAACAGUUUGGGCUGAUUGAAGCAGGUUUAGAAGACAGUGUUGAAGAUGAACUGGAGAUGGCCACCGUUAGGCAUCGGCCUGAGGCCCUGGAGCUUCUGGAAGCCCAGAGUAAAUUUACCAAGAAAGAGCUCCAGAUUCUAUACAGAGGAUUUAAGAACGAAUGCCCCAGUGGUGUUGUUAAUGAAGAAACCUUCAAAGAGAUUUACUCGCAGUUCUUUCCACAGGGAGACUCUACAACGUAUGCACAUUUUCUGUUCAAUGCAUUCGAUACGGACCACAAUGGAGCUGUGAGUUUUGAGGAUUUCAUCAAAGGUCUUUCCAUUUUACUCCGAGGGACAGUACAGGAAAAACUCAACUGGGCAUUUAAUUUGUAUGACAUAAAUAAAGAUGGCUACAUCACUAAAGAGGAAAUGCUUGAUAUAAUGAAAGCAAUAUAUGAUAUGAUGGGUAAAUGCACAUAUCCUGUCCUCAAAGAAGAUGCUCCCAGACAACAUGUUGAGACAUUUUUCCAGAAAAUGGACAAAAAUAAAGAUGGGGUCGUUACCAUAGAUGAAUUCAUCGAAAGUUGCCAAAAAGAUGAAAACAUAAUGCGCUCCAUGCAGCUCUUUGAAAAUGUGAUAUAACUUGUCAAAUAGAUCCUCAAACAGAUAAAUGUGAACUACCCUACCACACUUAAGUUGGAGCUACCACUUUUAGCAUAGAUUGCUCAGCUUUACACUGAGGCAUAUUAUGCAAACAAGCUUUGUUUUAAUAUAAAACAAUCCCCUGAAGAUCUGAUUUUUUCCAUUAUAAAUUUGCAUCCUUUUCAUAAUGUUACUGAGUCCAUGAGAUGUUCUAACUCAUUUCAAACUCUAUGAAUAUUCAAAAGUAAUAGAAUUUGGCAUAUAGUUUUGAUUCUUUAGCCAUGGGAUUAUUGAGGCUUUCACAUAUCAGUGAUUUUAAAAUACCAGUGUUUUUGCUACACAUUUGUAUGUAUUCAGUCCUAGGAUUUUAAAUGGUUUUCUAAAAUAUCUGCAUCGGCAUUUAAUUUCCAAAUUUAAUUUCACUUAAUUCCAUUUAUAUAACAUUAACAAGAUUACUACCAAAACUAAAAAAACAUAGUCCCAAUCACUAUGUAUCUCCCACCUUCUGUUAAAGACAUUAAUUUACUGGCAUUUUUUAUAACAUCUAACAAGUUAGUUUAUUAUCAGAUAUCAGCAUAUGCCUAAUAAAACUUAUUUUAAUAAGCAUUUCUUAAUUUUCCAUAAUGCAUAUUAUAGCCAAGGCCAUAUAUAUAUAUGAAAUUUUGGAUUUGUUCAAUCUUACAGGUGGUUCAUUUUCUAUUGUGUCAUUAUGUGAAGUUCAAGAAGGUGUGAAACUAAGGAUGUUUACAGACAUAUGCAAAGGGUCAGGAUAUCUGUCCUCCAAUACAUAGUAAUGCUUAAUAACAAGUAAUCCUUAACAGCAUUAAAGGCCAAUUCAUCUCCUUUCAUCGGACUUCCUCACAGCAUGUUUAUAUUAUAAGCCAUUCAGGGACAAAGAAACCUUGACUACCCCAAAGCUAUUAGGAACAAACAGCAAGCAGAAUUCACUUUGAAAGCACCAAUGAUUCUAUCAUAUUGAGAACUAAUUUCAAGAUUUCAUAGAAAAUGAAUAUAAAUGCUGAAUAACUCAUUUGGAUUGUACUAUGAUUUAGCUUAUCAUAAAUCUCCAACAAUUCAGAUUCUUAAGUCAAAACUGUAAAAAUUGCCACAUUACCAUAGAUAAACAUAUCUUCCCUGUUUUGUAGAAUAUCACAAAGACCAAGAGGCUAUAAGAGGAGGAAAUUUGCAACUGUCUUUGCAACAAUAAAUCAGGUUAUCUAUUCUGGUGUAGAGAUAGGAUGUUGAAAGCUGCCCUGCUAUCACCAGUGUAGAAAUUAAGAGUAGUACAAUACAUGUACACUGAAAUUUGCCAUCGUGUGUUUGUGUAAACUCAAUGUGCACAUUUUGUAUUUCAAAAGGGAAAAAUAAAAGCAAAAUAAAGUGUUUAUAACUCUA